UUAUCAUCAUAGAGUUUACCCAUUAAUACAAUACAUGCAUAGCUAUAGCUUCCUUACCUUGAUUUAAAAUCAGAUUCAUAUAACAUAUAUAGUUAUAUUAUGGCAGUGGAGUCGUUGGUGGCCGAUUUGAUCCACAAGGUUUUGAACCUUGUAGUUCCUCCUCUAUCUAUAGCAACCCUCCUCUUCCUCCUUCCACCAUACCUCUUCUUCAAGUCUCUUCUUUCCCUGAUCAAUUCCAUAUUCAGCGAGAACGUCGCCGGAAAAGUCGUCCUCAUCACUGGAGCCUCCUCUGGCAUCGGGGAGCAUCUCGCUUACGUCUACGCAUCGAGAGGGGCUUGUCUUGCGCUUGUGGCGAGGAGGGAGAGUCGACUUGUGGAAGUGGCUAACAGAGCAUACUGGCUCGGCUCCCCCGACGUGAUAGUCAUCAGAGCAGACGUCUCUAAGGUAGAUGACUGCAAGCGGUUUGUUGAUGAGACUGUGAGCCACUUCGGACGGCUGGAUCAUCUGGUGAACAACGCGGGGAUUGCUCCGGUUUCCCGGUUCGAGGACUGCCAUGAUGUUACUAAACUUGCUCCAUCUAUGGACAUAAAUUUCUGGGGUUCAGCAUAUAGCUCCUACUUUGCCAUUCCCCACCUGAGGCAGAGCGGGGGCAGGAUCGUGGCUAUAGCCUCCGCUGCUUCGUGGUUGCCUGUGCCCAGACUCAGCUUCUACUCCGCGAGCAAAGCAGCUGUAGUUGCCUUCUACGAGACGUUGAGGACCGAGUUGGGAUCGGAUGUCAGCAUAACGAUUGUGACACCAGGUUUGAUUGAGUCGGAGAUGACACAGGGGAAGUUCCUAUCAGAGGAUGGAGUAAUGAUAUUGGAUCCCGAGUUAAGAGAUGUUGAAGUAAGCUUAAUGCCGAUCAGGUCAGUGAAAGUGGCAGCUGAGAAGAUCGUGAACGGCGCAUGCAGGGGAGACGGCUACUUGUCGGAACCGGGUUGGAUCAAGGCAUCAAUGUACUGGAAGGUGUUCUGUCCGGAGAUCCUGGAAUGGAGUAAUAGGCUGCUCCUGCUGUCGAGGUCGACGGAGGAUCCGGAAAGGAAUGCGAUCAGUAAGGAGAUACUGGACUGGAGUGGUCUCAAGCAGUACUUGUAUCCCACCUCUGUCCAGUACCCUGAUCUUCUUGCUCAUAAAGGACUGUCACUUGAUGAUUAAUUUAGUUCGAGUAUGCGAAAAAAAAAAAAAAAAGAUUAGAGCAGUGUAUGAAGGGUGUUGGACUUUGUAAUAACUCUGAAAAUUAGAAUGAAGAUAGAAUCAAAGAAACAAAUUUGCUUUUA